CCAGCCCUGAGCUAUGGUGACUCCGGGCGCGCGGGGUGUAGAUGGGAGAGCCCGCAGAUCGCAGCUUGAAGGCGCGCAGCGCAGCGCAGCCAGCGGGGGCUGUGUCCCCGACCUCAGCGCCCCAACCGCCUGAACCCGGGAAACGCCAACAAGUAGUUUCUCUUUUGGAGAAAUGUGGCUCAGCUGGCCGCCAAGAUUCAGUCAAGCUGCUAGGAGAACCUCGUCGACUCCUCGGGAAACCCAAGCAAACCCACUUUUUCACUCGGUCUCCUUAAGUCAUGUCUGAGCCACAGAGAUGGGGAAGAUUGAGAGCAACGAGAGGGUGAUCCUCAAUGUUGGUGGUACCCGCCACGAGACCUACCGCAGCACCCUCAAGACCCUCCCGGGAACUCGCCUAGCUCUUCUGGCCUCCUCGGAUCCCCAGGGUGACUGCCUGACGGCGGCGGGCGACCCGCUGCAGCCGCUGCCCCCUCCGCUGUCUCCGCCGCCGCUGCCUCCGCGAGCGCCGGCGCUGUCCCCGGGCCCCGGAGGACGCUGCUUCGAGGGCGGCGCCGCGGGCAACUGCGCGUCCCAAGGCGGCGCAAACCACCCCGGGGGCGGCCGCGAGUUCUUCUUCGACCGGCACCCGGGCGUCUUCGCCUAUGUGCUCAACUACUACCGCACGGGCAAGCUGCACUGCCCCGCCGACGUGUGCGGACCGCUCUUCGAGGAGGAGCUGGCCUUCUGGGGCAUCGACGAGACCGACGUGGAGCCCUGCUGCUGGAUGACCUACCGGCAGCACCGCGACGCCGAGGAGGCGCUGGACAUCUUCGAGACCCCCGACCUCAUCGGCGGCGGCGGCGACACUGGCGACGACGAGGACCUCGGAGCCAAGAGGCUGGGCAUCGAGGAUGCUGCCCUAGGGGGACCCGAUGGCAAGUCUGGCCGCUGGAGGAGGUUACAGCCCCGCAUGUGGGCGCUCUUCGAGGACCCCUACUCGUCCAGAGCCGCCAGGUUUAUUGCUUUUGCCUCUUUAUUCUUCAUCUUGGUUUCAAUCACUACCUUUUGCCUGGAGACACAUGAAGCUUUCAAUAUUGUUAAAAACAAGACAGAGCCAGUGAUCAACGGCUCGAGCAUUCUACAGUAUGAGAUCGAGACGGACCCCGCCUUGACCUAUGUGGAAGGAGUGUGUGUGGUAUGGUUCACUUUUGAGUUUUUAGUCCGCAUCGUCUUUUCACCCAAUAAACUCGAGUUCAUCAAAAAUCUUUUGAAUAUCAUUGACUUUGUGGCCAUCCUACCUUUCUACUUAGAAGUGGGGCUCAGUGGGUUGUCAUCCAAGGCUGCAAAAGAUGUCCUUGGCUUCCUCAGGGUGGUGAGGUUUGUGAGGAUCCUGAGAAUCUUCAAGCUCACCCGUCACUUCGUGGGUCUGAGGGUGCUGGGACACACUCUUCGAGCUAGCACGAAUGAAUUUUUGCUGCUGAUCAUCUUCCUGGCUCUUGGAGUUUUGAUAUUUGCUACGAUGAUCUAUUACGCGGAGAGAGUAGGGGCUCAGCCUAACGACCCUUCAGCCAGUGAGCACACGCAGUUCAAGAACAUUCCCAUUGGGUUCUGGUGGGCUGUCGUGACCAUGACGACCUUAGGUUACGGGGAUAUGUACCCCCAGACGUGGUCAGGCAUGCUUGUGGGAGCCCUUUGUGCCCUGGCUGGAGUGCUGACCAUAGCCAUGCCCGUGCCUGUCAUUGUCAACAAUUUUGGGAUGUACUAUUCCUUGGCAAUGGCAAAGCAGAAGCUUCCAAGGAAAAGGAAGAAGCAUAUUCCUCCCGCCCCUCAGGCGGGCUCACCGACAUUUUGCAAGACAGAAUUAAACACCACCUGCAAUAGCACACAGAGUGACACAUGUCUGGGCAAAGAAAACCGACUAAUGGAUCAUAACAGAUCAGUGUUAUCAGGUGACGACAGUACAGGAAGUGAGCCACCAUUAUCACCCCCAGAAAGACUUCCCAUCAGACGCUCUAGUACCAGAGACAAAAACAGAAGAGGGGAAACAUGUUUCCUAUUGACGACAGGUGAUUACACGUGCGCUUCUGAUGGAGGGAUCAGGAAAGAUAACUGCAAAGAGGUUGUCAUUACUGGUUACACGCAAACCGAGGCCAGAUCUCUUACUUAAUGACUUGGGGAAGGCACAAAACAUGAGAGAAAGGUAAAUGCCAGCCAGGCUUGCAUUGUUUAACCAGGAAUUGCUGCUUGGAACUAGAGCCAUUUUUUUUUUCAAAUCCCAAGAUUUGUCAUCAAAGGCAGACUGCAAAAUAAUUGUCCAAAGCUCUCUUGUCCUCUUUACUUCAUUUAUUUUUGUUUAUUAAUUUUUGUGUGAACAUCAAGGAUCACUGGUGUUCACAGGAGGCUUUUUUGACUAGCCUUAAAACUGCAUCAAAGGACUAAUCAGAUUUUCAGGCAGUAUUUAAUCAGGUGCUUUGUCCUAUAUGUUGUUUUUGUCUGUCUGUCUUAGCUCCUUGUCUUAAACGUAUAUGCCAUCUGUCUCCAUGAAACAUAGAAAUGCCUUGAUAACAUGUUCAUGAGUUUAGCACUGAAUCUCCCUACCUCCUGCCCCUGUCUUCUUCGCUAUUUGCAGCAGCAUCUCUGCUUUGUAUAUAAACUAAGGAUGCCCUGUAGACUACCUAAAUUAAUCAGCACUGUGAAUCUUUUUGAUGAACAGGAUUUAAGCAGCAUUUUUUACUAUUCAGAGUCAGUUUCUACUAUGAGCAACCAGCAUUCAUCAUUACAUUCCAGCAAAAUCCCUAGGGAGUCUUAUUCAGCCUGAGUGGGAGAUGGUUUGUUUAUACAUCCCUACUAAAUGCAAUAGCAACUGUGUAUCUGGUGUUUGGGGCAUGUGACAGGAGAAAAAUGCCAUAGUGUAAAUGGAGGCAUAGAAAAUACUUUUGAUGCAUUCAGGCUCUUUGAGAUAAUUGGUUAAAUCCUGUUUUCAUGUUUGUUUUUGGUAGGAAGACAAUUGCCUCUUUCAUUACUGGCUCUCCAUUCCCAAGUCCUAGAGCAUGAGCUGUGUGUCAGAGAUCUUGUACAGCAACGUAUCUAUCCAGACUUAGAUAUCUCAUAUCUAUAGAUACUGUGAUUCUUUUGAUAUAACAACAUGCAUAGAAUGAUAUAAUUAUGCAUAGAUUUACUGUAAAAGAAUUAAUAUGCUGUCUGGUGCUGCUGUUAUUGACUGCAGUGUUGUACAGAAUUUAUCAUGGAUUUUUGACUGCUGAAAAGGGGGCAAUGGAAUUUAGCCAUACCAAGGAUUAUACUGGAAACAGCUUCUGCUACUGAAUGUGCCCUGAUGUGACCAGGUUAUCCUUGGAAGAGGUCCUGCAUCUCCAUGAGGUGAUUAAAGCUGCUAAAGGAACUGUGAUUGGAACUGCUCAGGUGCUCACCAUGUGAGUGAGUGUUCUGCUUAUAGAAGGACUAGUGCCCACAAAACAGCUGUAAAUACCAAUGUGUGUGCAUGGGUCAACCACUCUGGCUAUUUCACACCACAGGAAGCCAAAUUCAUGAUCCACAUCUCUGAAGCUUCAAGUAAGGCCCAUGAUUCUUUGAAUUUCUCCUCGUGGGCUCACCACAGUUGUGCUGUGAAUUACACAAGGCAGUGAUACUGAUGUAGGAUAGGUCUGUCUUAACUUCUCUUGUUUGUACUUCAGGUAUCAGAACCAUUAACAUUUGACUGUAUCAUUCUCUUACAAGACACUUACUGAUCAGAUUGUCAAUUGUGUUGUAAAUUUUUAGUGUCUAGUUAUCAAAGCUAUAUUUUUAGUUGCAUAUUUGUUCAGUUCUGGAAAGUUGUUACAACUUAAAGAAA